GCUGAAACAGCAGAGUUGUAUGUUAAGUGACUGAUAGACUUUCUCUAUGGAUGAAAACAGUUACUGAGAAGCUAGUUACCUCCAAACAUUACAGGUGUGACCUCUAGCUUUUGGUGGCAAAGGAGGUCUUUUCAGGACUUAUUUGGGCUCAUCUUACUCAGCGAAUCUCUUACACUGUAUUUAUAAAUUGAAUACUAAUUCUGUCAAGUGUGUAUGGGGAUACCAGAUGACUAAUACUCCUAAAUUACAAUGCUGUUAUGAAAUAAUGAGAAAAUUCACUCAACCUUAGACCAUAUGUAAUUGCACUGUAGGAUCAAUUGUUAAAAGCAAACAAGUCAUAACAUUUACUUAGAAAGAAGCAAAGCCCAUCGUAGUAAUAUUGUCUGAAGGUUUAUCAAAUAGUGCAAAUAUAUGAAUUCAAACAGCACCAGUCUGGCAAAUGGAAGACGAUUUGAAGAACCAUUACUGUUAUAGACAGAGCCCUGUGACUCUGGAGCCUUCGUUUCUGAUGGCAGAACCAUUGCUCAAUAAGCAACCUUGUUUUGCCACAGGACAGAGGAGGUUUGUGAUCUGUCGCAGAUUUCUGUGGGUCCUGGACGUUUGGGGAAGAAGCUCAGUAAAGAGAAAUCCACGUAUGUGACAUUGCCUAGGAUGGCUGUAUGGUUUUUCCUUCAAAGAUCUAUAAUUCAUUUCUUUUCUUUUUUGACUCAAAAUAGCCAAUGAGCACAGCUGUAGAGAUGGGGGUAGAAUUUUCUUUUUGUCUUUCGCUUUCAUUUUUUCUUGUUAAAAAGAAAAACAAUCAAUUCAGAGUUUAAAUGAUGCUCUUGUGACUACCAAUUAUGUAAAGUCAGAGAAGCCUAUACCAACUUUUUUGCUUCAUAAAGAGGGAAGGAAGGAAGGAGAAAAGGAAGGAAGGAAGGAGGAAGGAGAAAAGGAAGUCAGAAGAAAGGAAGAAAGGAAGGAGAAAAGAAAGUCAGAAAGUUAGCAAAAAAGGAAAGAAAAACAAAUCACUGUGAAAUCAUUUUAGGUCGAACCAGAGCUCUUAAUCCCCAUCACACUGGCAGACUUUGGCUGGAAAGGAAAAGACCUCUCAUGGGUGGCAAGGUUAUGACUUGGGAAUUGGCUGUUUGAAUUUAGAAAAUGCUGCUGAUGUGAGGUGAUCCUUUUCACUAUUAAUCUACAACUCACCAGCGACACAGCUUUAAGAAGGCUUAUUUGAAACCUGAGAUCCUGACACCGGAUCUCAGCAUCAUCACUUGAAAAUUUUGUGCAAUAUGAAAGCCAUUUUCAUGAAAUGAAUCGUUUAAAGACAGUGAGAGUCGAUGAUGAAACCACACUGUGGAGCUUGAAAAGAGACGGGGCUGCUUUAAGAGAGAAACAGGAAGUUGUAACUAGAAGCCAUCUGAAUACUAAGCCAGGGCAGAAUGCUUGUGAAGUAGCAACUUAAGUGGCAGUGUUUAUUCUGAAAUUCUCAGGCAGCCAGACUGUCUUAGGCAAACCUUGACAGUCGUUAUCCAGCUUUUCAUCUAAGGAAUCCCGCGGAGACUGGAGAAUGGAGAGACAGAGAAGGUUCAAGUUGGGGAAGGAUGAGUCUCAGUUUCAACAUCAGGGAGCCGUGGAGCUGCUUGUCUUUAAUUUUUUGCUCAUCCUUACCAUUCUGACAAUCUGGUUAUUUAAAAAUCAUCGAUUUCGCUUCUUGCAUGAAACAGGAGGAGCAAUGGUGUAUGGCCUCAUUAUGGGAUUGAUUUUACGGUAUGCUACAGCACCAACUGAUAUUGAAAGUGGGACUGUCUAUGAUUGUGGAAAACUGGCCUUCAGUCCAUCAACUCUGCUGGUCAACAUCACUGACCAAGUUUAUGAAUACAAAUACAAAAGAGAAAUAAGCCAGCACAACAUCAGUCCUCACCAAGGCAAUGCUAUACUUGAAAAGAUGACAUUUGAUCCAGAAAUCUUCUUCAAUGUUUUACUGCCACCGAUUAUAUUUCAUGCAGGAUACAGCCUAAAGAAGAAACACUUUUUUCAAAACCUAGGAUCUAUUUUAACUUAUGCCUUCUUGGGAACGGCCAUCUCCUGUAUCGUCAUAGGGUUAAUCAUGUACGGUUUUGUGAAGGUUAUGAUACAUGCUGGCCAGUUGAAAAAUGGAGACUUUCAUUUCACUGACUGCUUAUUUUUUGGUUCACUGCUGUCUGCUACAGAUCCAGUGACGGUGCUGGCCAUUUUCCAUGAACUGCACGUUGACCCCGACCUGUACACACUCUUGUUUGGGGAGAGUGUGUUGAACGACGCAGUGGCUAUAGUUCUCACAUACUCAAUAUCCAUAUACAGUCCCAAGGAAAAUCCAAAUGUGUUUGAUGCUGCAGCAUUCUUCCAGUCCGUGGGGAAUUUCCUGGGGAUCUUCGCCGGCUCAUUUGCAAUGGGAUCUGCAUAUGCUGUUGUCACAGCCCUCUUGACCAAAUUUACCAAGCUGUGCGAGUUCCCUAUGCUGGAAACGGGCCUGUUCUUCCUCCUGUCUUGGAGUGCCUUCCUGUCUGCUGAGGCCGCCGGCCUAACAGGGAUAGUUGCUGUACUCUUCUGCGGAGUCACACAGGCACAUUAUACCUACAACAAUCUGUCGUCAGAUUCCAAAAUGAGGACUAAACAGUUGUUUGAAUUUAUGAACUUUUUGGCUGAAAACGUCAUCUUCUGUUACAUGGGCCUGGCGCUGUUCACAUUCCAGAAUCACAUCUUUAAUGCUCUUUUUAUACUCGGAGCCUUUCUAGCAACUUUUGUUGCCAGAGCCUGCAACAUCUAUCCCCUCUCCUUCCUCCUGAAUCUGGGGCGAAAACAUAAGAUCCCCUGGAAUUUCCAGCAUAUGAUGAUGUUUUCAGGUUUGCGAGGAGCGAUAGCCUUUGCCUUGGCUAUUCGGGACACUGACUCUCAGCCCAAACAAAUGGUCUUGACUACCACGCUGCUCAUCGUUUUCUUCACCGUCUGGGUAUUUGGAGGAGGAACGACACCCAUGCUGACUUGGCUUCAGAUCAGAGUUGGUGUGGAUCCGGAUGUAGAUCUGAAGGAGGGGACUUCCUCACACCAGGAAGCGAAUAGCUUGGAUAAAAGCACGACAAAAACAGAGAGUGCCUGGCUCUUCAGAGUGUGGUAUGGCUUUGACCACAAAUACCUGAAACCCAUCUUAACCCAUUCUGGGCCUCCGCUGACCACCACAUUACCAGAAUGGUGCAGUCCAAUUUCCAGGCUGCUCACCAGUCCACAGGCCUACGGGGAACAUUUUAAAGAGGACGAUGUGGAAUGCAUUGUCAAUCAAGACGAACUAGCCAUGAAUUACCAGGAGCAAGCCUCCUCACCCGGCGCCCCUCCCACAAAGCUGGGACUGGACCUGAACGCUUCACCCCAGCCUCCAAGCAAGGAAAACAUUUACGAGGGGGACCUCGGCCUGGGAGGCUACCAACUCAAACUUGAGCAAACCCCAGGUCAAUUCCAGCUGAACUAAUUGGCCUGAGCAGCAUGGAUGUCAUCACAAGUAACGCAAGGCUCACCGAGGGAGGAACGCAAGCCAAGCUAAUGAGGCAGUGUUAGGGAGAGGCUGGAGAAGCGCCGAAGAGCAUAGACUGGAGAGAAUCAAAACCUUGUCACAUAUAUCCUCUGGAGCCUGGAGAAAUGGGGAUUUAUGGUCAUCCCUCUAUAUUAUGCAACUUUUGACAGCAGUCAUUUUUAUUAAUGAAUUGGGUGGAACAGAGAGGGAACAGGCUCUGGAGUACAGUUGUUAUGAGGAUGAAACUGAUGCUUUUGUGUCUACAGGGUGUUUCUUCUCUGUGCCCAGCUCCCCACGCCCUUCACCUAGAUUAUGAAUUUUAUUCCCUUCAUUAACCAAAGCAAAACCCGUUGCCCUUGAGUCGAUUCCUAUAGGACAGAGUAGAACUGCCCCCCCCCAUAAGGUUUCUGAGGCUAUAACAUUUAUGGGAAGCAGACUGCCACAUCUUUCUCCCACAGAGUGACUGAUGGAUCUGAACCCUGGACCUGAGCACUUAAUCAUUGCACCACCAGGGCUCUUUAUUCCUUUCAUUAAGGAGAGUUUAAAAAUAAGAAAAAGAGCUUCUGAGUGUAAAAUGUUGCUCCUAAGGGCAUGCCCAGUAUUUUUAAGUGAUAAGUUUUGUUUUUAAGGCCUAGACGCCCCCAUCACCGCUUACUCUAAAUGACCCUAGGACUAUUUGCAGAUAAAGGCUCGAUUACCCACUGUUGAUGCCUAACAAGACCCACUUAGGGUCGGGGGACCCACUGUUCUUAUUGGCAUCCCUUACAAGCCGCUGCUUCUGUUUGUGGAAGGGGUUGGGUGUUCUGUGCAACAUGCAGUGCCGCUUUCUGGCUGGUAGGACCCCUUCCGGGGAGAGGGGCUUUCUUUUCGCCAUACCGCGCUGUACAUGAAGAGUGAUCCUCCCUGUCCUUGCUUGCACUUGAGUCCCUUCUAGGCUUGAAGGUGGGUCCCCUCUGUGUCCUGGGUCAUGAGGUUCUGCAGCACAGGCUGCUUUCCACAUGGCAGGAGACUGAGCCGGAAGCCCCGACCAGCCACCUGCCCUGUGGCCCCAGCGCUCACAGCUCGUGAGCACGCAGAGCCGGGGAGAGACAGAGAGCCCAUGAUGAGGGGGCCACACUGAGGGGUCAGGGACGGGUGCCAGAACCCCCUUACCAGGCGUGGCUCACGGCUGGCACUUGAGAGACCAACAUAACAGCUUUCCAUUCAGCUGCAUGACCUGUGCCUUUUAAGCCAUAAAGAUACCUCAAGCCUGCCUUCUCUUGAAAUACAGAUGUUAUAAUAUCAAACUCCAAAAAGUAGGCUCCAGUCUUAGGUGCCCAGGCUAUGAUGAGCCUGCUUUUGAGGGAGGUAGGGAAUGACGUCUUCCUCAGCCCAAAGCUUUGCUGACCACUUGCUAGGCCUUAAACAGUAACCACAGCGAUGUCAGGCAUACCACUCCGUGCAUCGAUCUUCUUACUUUCCAAACCAAGGACUCCAGGGGCACAAAGUUUUUUGUACUCAGCUAUGUAUACUCUGGUCAUUCCGGGUAAAUAAUGAUGGUGAAGCAUGACGUUUUCUAAUCUGACUUACUCCUAAUAAAAUUUUGUUAUAAAGUACAAUUGCAUUGGCUGAUGGUCUAUCUAAAGACAUUUUCUCUGUUGCUGCUAGUUGGCAGUUCUAAGCCCUCAUACUCAAAGUGCUGAAUGAAGCAGGCACUGAAGUGAAUGUAAGGAGAUGCAAGGGUCCUGUGGCCCAGGAACAUCCACAGGGCUGGCAAGCCAAGUCAUUAAAGGGGUGAAGAGAGUGGCACUGGGCUGGGAGGAUGCACCAGAGAAGGGACACCUGAGUCAAGCAGAGUGGAACAGCCUUCUCCUUUCACACUGUAGGUGACCCGAAAUCACGGAAGAGCUUCAUAUAUAAAGGGAGGAGAUAGAAGAGGGAAAAGGAAAGAAAGACAGAAGGGAUCAUGUUAUUUCUGCCCCUAUCGUGUGAAAGGAUGAGAUGAGAACUUGGUGUUUUCUUUCCUUCCUUUUAUAUGGAGAAAGACAUACCAGGAAAAGAGAGGAAGUCCCCCCACCCCUCCCAAAGACAAACAUCAAGGGGACCAGGGGUGGAGAGAAGGGAGAGAAAUACGGCAUAGUAGAUGGAAUUGGGAUGGGGUGGGAAAGAAAGGUACAAAUCUAAAACCAGCAGUAACUUGGUCAGAGAAGAUAGCAAAAAUAUCCUCUUGCCCCACUGGUAAAGCCCUCCCCUUGCUUAGGAAAAAAAAAAAAAAAUUCUUUCCAGGUAAAUAUCAUGAACACUGCUACCAAAACAAUGGAGUGGGGGGCACUUUUUAAGCUGGCAUGGGCCCCUUGACCCAGUUGACAUCAGGCAAGUAGGCUAUUAUGAGAUUGAAGAAACUGUGCCCUGCCCAAUGUGUAAGAAUAUUCCGGUUUCGAGAUAUGAUUAUCAGCCUCCCUCUCUCUCAAUCAGCCCCAGACCCAGACACAGGCUACUGUACCAG